AUGGGUUCAGAAGAGAAAUCAGAACAGUUGAAAAUUUACCAUGAAAUUACCUUACCUCCACAAGAGAUAGUUGAUUUGUUUAAAGUUACGUUCGACAAUGAACUGUAUGGUGCAGAAGGGAUCGAUGAGUUGCAAUCGCAGAUUCAGAAAGUGAAAUCCGAUCUUUACAACAGAGACUAUAUAGCUGCCUUCGGCAACGAUGCUAAAAGAACGGCUUAUUGUUGCAGAUGGUCUCCAUCUCGUGCAACAGCCUAUGCUUCAUUAUUUGCCCAUUUACAAGAGUGUGCCCAAGUCAUAAGAUGCAAGGAAUCUGAUCAAAACGUGCUGUGUAUUGGAGGAGGAGCUGGAGGUGAAUUGGUCGCACUGGCAAGUUUAUUCACACCAACCAGAGAGUUUAUCACCAAGUAUUCCACUUCUAAACAGCCAACGACAACGAAAAAUUCGCUGAAUGUUCAUCUAGUAGACAUAAGCGAUUGGUCCGCUGUGGUCAACAGGUUACAAAGUACGAUUUCAGGCAAAUGGCUCUACGCAGAUGAAUCAAAAUAUUUCAAAGUUCAUUCCAGUAAUCGUGAUAUCCUCACCAUGAGCGAAGACGACUUGUCGCUCUCCAACCUAGAUCUUAUCACACUUUUAUUCACCACCAAUGAGCUUUUUUCAGAGAACAAGCAGCAAAGCAUAAGACUCCUACAAAAAUUCAACCAAUUCUGUAAAAAGGGAUGCCUCUUACUGAUAGCAGAGAGUGCAGGAAGUUAUUCUCAUAUAACGGUCGGUACCAAGAAGUUUCCGAUCCAAUUCUUGAUUGAUACCGUUUUAAUGGGUAAAAGAGGACAGGAUGAAUCUGGAGCCUGGCAAUUGGUUAACCAAAGCGAUAGCACUUGGUACAGAUGCGAUCCUAGGUUAGACUACCCUAUGAAGGUGGAAAACACUAGGAUAUUUUAUAGGCUUUAUAGAAAGAUCUGA